AUCCAUCCUCCCAACGGGUAAUGACACUUCAAUUGCACUUAAGGAGGACCACCCCUCCCCACUGGAUGCAAACUUACUUCGCCUGUUUAUCAAGGUAUCCCACCCUGCUCUAGGCAGUCAUGUCAGCUGAAACACCAAUCACACUGAAUGUCAAUCCUCAGGAUCUGCAGGUCCAGACAUUCACCGUAGAGAAGCUGCUGGAGCCUCUCAUAAUCCAGGUUACUACACUUGUAAAUUGUCCCCAGAAUCCUUCCAACAGGAAAAAAGGACGUUCUAAAAGAGCCAGAGUCCUUCUAGCUUCUGUGGAGGAAGCAACUUGGAAUUUAUUAGACAAGGGAGAGAAGAUUGCUCAAGAAGCCACAGUUUUAAAGGAAGAGCUUACUGGGGCACUUGAGAACAUUCGCAAAGAAAGUGAAGCUCUGAAAGUAUCAGCUGAGAGAUUUGCAGAUGAUCCCUGUUAUCUCCCAAAAAGGGAGGCUGUGGUUCAAGCUGCCCGUGCCUUGUUGGCUGCAGUUACCAGACUCCUUAUCCUCGCAGAUAUGAUUGAUGUCAUGUGUCUCUUGCAGCAUGUGUCAGCUUUUCAGAGGACAUUUGAGUCUCUUAAAAAUGUUUCCAACAAAUCUGACCUCCAGAAAACCUACCAGAAGCUUGGGAAGGAGCUGGAAAAUCUGGACUAUUUAGCCUUCAAACGUCAGCAGGACCUAAAAUCUCCAAAUCAGAGGGAUGAAAUUGCAGGUGCCCGGGCCUCAUUGAAGGAGAACUCCCCCAUAUUGCAUUCAAUUUGUUCAGCUUGUUUGGAACAUUCUGAUGUCGCUUCCCUCAAAGCCAGCAAGGACACAGUUUGUGAAGAAAUUCAGAAUGCCCUCAAUGUAAUUUCAAAUGCUUCGCAAGGCAUCCAGAAUGUGUUAGUCCCACCAGAACCUCAGGCAGCAACCCUGGGAAGUGCCCUUGAUGAGCUUGAGAAUUUAAUUGUCUUGGAUCCACUCACAGUGACUGAGGAGGAAACAAGACCCUCCCUAGAGAAACGCCUCGAAGCCAUUAUCAGUGGGGCUGCUCUGUUGGCUGACUCUUCCUGCACGAGGGAUUUCCAUCGGGAGCGAAUUAUCGCAGAAUGCAAUGCCAUUCGCCAGGCUCUGCAGGACCUGCUUUCAGAGUACAUGAACAAUACUGGAAAAAAGGAAAGGAGUAAUACCUUGAAUAUUGCAAUAGAAAAUAUGUGCAAGAAGACAAGAGACCUGCGCAGACAGCUCCGUAAGGCUAUUAUAGAUCAUGUGUCAGACUCCUUUUUGGAUACGACAGUCCCACUUUUGGUUCUCAUUGAAGCUGCCAAGAAUGGCCGGGAAAAGGAAAUAAAAGAAUAUGCUGCGAUAUUUCGUGAACACACCAGCAGGCUUGUAGAGGUGGCAAAUCUUGCUUGUUCCAUGUCAACAAAUGAAGAUGGAAUUAAGAUUGUCAAAGUUGCAGCCAAUCACCUGGAAACCUUGUGUCCACAGAUUAUUAAUGCUGCACUUGCUUUGGCUGCAAGACCCAAAAGUCAAGUGGUCAAAAAAACCAUGGAAAUGUACAGAUGCACGUGGGAGAAUCAUAUCCAUGUCCUCACUGAAGCUGUAGAUGACAUUACAAGCAUUGAUGACUUCCUUGCUGUAUCUGAGAGCCAUAUCCUAGAAGAUGUCAACAAAUGUAUCAUUGCCUUGAGAGACCAGGAUGCUGAUAAUUUAGAUCGAGCUGCAGGUGCUAUCAGAGGACGGGCCGCAAGAGUUGCUCACAUUGUCACAGGUGAAAUGGACAGUUACGAGCCAGGAGCUUACACAGAAGGUGUGAUGAGAAAUGUUAACUUCCUGACAAGUACUGUAAUUCCGGAAUUUGUAACACAAGUGAAUGUUGCCUUGGAAGCCUUAAGUAAAAACUCUUUGGAUGUGUUUGAUGAUGAUCAGUUUGUGGACAUCUCAAAAAAGAUCUAUGAUACAAUUCAUGAUAUUAGAUGUUCAGUCAUGAUGAUUCGGACUCCAGAGGAACUAGAGGAUGUUUCUGACCUGGAAGAAGAUCACGAGGUCCGCAGUCACACCAGUGUUCAGACUGAAGGGAAAACUGACCGGGCUAAGAUGACUCAGUUGCCUGAGGCAGAAAAGGAAAAGAUAGCUGAGCAAGUUGCUGAUUUCAAGAAAGUAAAGAGUAAGCUGGAUGCUGAGAUUGAGAUAUGGGAUGAUACGAGCAACGAUAUCAUUGUUCUUGCCAAGAAGAUGUGUAUGAUCAUGAUGGAGAUGACAGACUUCACAAGGGGAAAAGGACCACUGAAGCAUACAACUGAUGUGAUCUAUGCAGCUAAAAUGAUAUCAGAAUCAGGAUCAAGGAUGGACGUCCUUGCUCGGCAGAUUGCCAACCAGUGCCCAGAUCCAUCAUGCAAACAGGACUUGCUGGCCUACCUGGAACAGAUUAAAUUCUACUCUCACCAGCUGAAAAUCUGCAGUCAGGUUAAAGCUGAGAUCCAGAGCCUGGGAGGAGAGCUCAUCAUGUCAGCGUUGGACAGUGUCACCUCCCUGAUCCAAGCAGCCAAAAAUUUAAUGAAUGCUGUAGUGCAAACAGUGAAAAUGUCUUACAUUGCCUCAACCAAGAUCAUCCGAAUUCAGAGUCCUGCUGGGCCCCGGCACCCAGUUGUUAUGUGGAGAAUGAAGGCUCCUGCAAAAAAACCCUUGAUUAAAAGAGAGAAACCAGAGGAAACUUAUGCAGCUGUCAGACGAGGCUCAGCAAAGAAAAAAAUCCACCCAGUGCAAGUGAUGAGUGAAUUUAGAGGAAGACAUAUCUACUGAAACCACUAUUCUACUCUAGUGUUUAUAUGACAAAGUCCUGGCUAAACACACUGCUUUAUUUUUACACUUGAUUAGUUCUGUAAGUUCACUAACUUAGAAUUUAACCCACAAAUAAUGUAAAACACUGAAAGCCUAACCAACACGAGCAACGUAUCUUGGGGAUCAUGCCACUGUCAUUUCUGCAUGGCCAGCACCUAAUAAGGAAUCAACAGAUGCUUGCUGAAUGAAUGAAAUCUUCAGGGUCAUUCAGCCUCUCCCAUCACGGAGAAUAUCUUAUAUUCAUUACUAAAUGAACACAGGAGACUCAAAUGAGUCCUGUUCACCUGUACCAGCUUAAGUAUACUCACCCUCUUCAUUUUAAAUUAAAAUAGUGAUAUGAGCUCUUGACUUGGUUUUCAACGGAAACAAAAGAUUUCAUAAAAUACUCUCCCA